CUCCAGCCGUCGUCUAAUAUCAAGGAAUUAACGGGGACCAUUUGAUAUUAAAAACUAGAGCGUUAGUUCGCACGUGGGAAGCUGGUAGGCGGAAAACCGCAGCCGCUUCAGAGGGGGAGGUGGUUCUGCAGGGAGAAUUUACGGAGAAUUGACGCAGCUAUAAAAUGCAGCAGUUUUCCGCAGCAACGGGUUCUUGUUAAUCUGCAGAGUGUAGCUCAGAACGACCGUUGACUCUCUCCGCAAGAUGAAGUUCGCAACUGUUGGCGUUUCUACCGUGUUGGGGCUGGCCGCCGCCGCCCAGGCGUCUCCUUCGUCCUCCUCGUACACCAACUUUACCGUGAUGCACGGGUACUUUCUGCAGGACGAGGAAUCCACCAACCCCUCUACCUUUGAUUAUACGCAAGAGAACUUCGGCCUCAUUAACCGCACCUACGAAGUCGAUGAGGUCAAGCAGCACCACAACCACAAGGAACACAAGGACCUGACGCAGUGGGAGCGCUUCUACAAGCAGGUCAAAUACUUGAAUGAAAAGGCCGCCGAUAACGUGGAGUACAAGGUUUUCUUCUUUGGCAGACACGGCGAGGGCUACCAUAACGCGGCGCAGAGCUACUACGGCACGCCUGCGUGGAAUUGCUACUGGUCCCUCCUCACCGGCAACGCCACAACCAGCUGGGCGGACGCAGACCUCACCCCAGCCGGCGUGAGCCAGGCCCUCGUGGCGCACGACUUCUGGGCCUCGCAGAUCGAAACCCAAAAGAUCCACCUGCCGGACUCGUACUUCGUCAGCCCGCUGACCCGCACCCUGCGCACCGCGAACCUCACCUUCGCGGGGCUCCCCUUUAAACAGGAGCACGCGGCCAAGUUCGUCCCCGUGGUGAAGGAGCUGAUCCGCGAGGAAAUCAGCCUGCACACCUGCGACCACCGCCGCAGCAAGUCUUACAUCCAGGCCCUGUUCCCGGAGUGGGAGAUCGAGCAGGGCUUCACCGAGGACGACGAGCUCUGGAACGGCGUCACGGGGGAGACCGACGAGGCGCAGGACCUGCGCAGCCGUACCGCCCUGGACUCGUUCUUCUUCCUCGCUCCCAAGGAGGAGAGCAAGAAGGAGGACAAGGAGAAGAAGAAGCACCAGGGCUCCACCGGCCUGUAUGUUUCGGUGACGAGUCACUCCGGGGAGAUCUCCUCCAUGCUGCGGGUGCUGGGCCAUCGCUCGUUCUCGCUGAGGACUGGCGCCGUCAUUCCGGUCUUGGUCAAGGCCGAGAAGAUCCGCCAGGUUAUGCCGACUACCACGGCGCCUUGGGCUGUCAGUGCCCACUGCACUGCGCCUCCGGUGACUUCGCUGGCUUCUUGCGUUUGCCAGUCGUCGGCUGCUCCUGUCACCACCAUGUUGUCUUAAUUUGCCCCCUUUUUUUAAAAACAAAAAAAAAAAAUGGAGAGGUUAAUUAAUGUGUAGUUAGUUAUUGGAGUGAGAAAGUCUUUUGGGGGGACUUUCUCUUUGUUCAUAUUGACAGAAGAAAUGUAUGCUAGGCUAGAUAGAUAUUAUAAAAAUAAUGAUUGCAAUUUUCCUGCAUACUCCCCAAGUUAUAUAGACACAAUCAUGAUACCGUACUGAGAGGAGAACCACAUGCUAAAACCAUAGAUAAUGAAAGAACCCCAACAACAGAGGACGGACGCCUUCCAAG